UUCAGGAAACUUCUCCUGCUCGUGAGUGCAGCGUGACAGAGACCUUCUUCAUGUUCAUCGCUUUUCAUUUGGCUCUCACUUACAGAACAAGAACAAAGGCGAACUUGGGAUUAUAUUUCAGUGUAACAAAAUUCUGGCAUUUUAUCUGGAAAUCCUGACCAUGCUCAUCAGACAGGGGGUGCUCAUUGCUUUCUGUUUCUGUUUGACUGUGAUUGUAGGCAGAGAGGAGCAGAGCAUGUACAGCCCAGACACCACUGCAAACCAGGCAUAUUUUGCAGAAACAUUUGACACAAGCCCACUGGAUAGAAAAUGGGUCAUUUCCCAGUCACUGAAAGAAGGAUACUUGGACAUUUAUAAAUAUGAUGGAGAGUGGCAUUUAGAGGAGGCAAAGAAUCAAGCCUCCUCAGGAAAUAAGGGUCUUGUUCUUAAGUCUCCUGGCCGUCAUCAUGCUAUUUCUGCAUACUUACAGACAGUGUACCACUUCAGAGACAAACCUCUUUGUCUACAGUAUGAAGUUUUCUUCCAGAAUGGCAUUGACUGUGGAGGAGGCUACAUGAAGCUGCUGUCUGAUUCAGAUGACCUGCGAUUGAGUCAGUUCAAUGAUGCCACACCUUACACCAUUAUGUUUGGUCCAGACAAAUGUGGAAAUAUAUACAAAGUACAUUUCAUCAUCCGCCAUCGGAACCCACUGACAGGGAUGUAUGAGGAGAAACAUGCCCGGCAGCCUGACACUGACCUGAGUGACUAUUUCACUGACCACAACCCUCAUCUCUACACUCUUAAUUUGUAUCCUGACAACACAUUUGAAAUUCUCAUCGACCAAACACUAAUCAAUAACGGCAGUCUCCUAGAGGACAUGGAUCCUCCAGUGAUGCCUCCCCGUGAGAUAGAGGACCCAGAAGAUACUAAACCCUUUAACUGGGAUGACAGGCGUCGUAUUCCAGAUCCCACCGUAACGAAACCUGAUGACUGGGAUGAAGAAGCACCUCGACUUAUUCCUGACCCCACAGUGUUCAAACCUGCUAGCUGGAUAGAAGAUCAAGAGCCCUUUAUCCCAGACCCCGAGGCUCAGGCUCCACAUGACUGGUCAGAGGAGAUGGAUGGAGAGUGGGAAGCUCCUCUCAUUGCUAACCCUGCCUGCUCCCAUGCUGCAGGCUGUGGGCCAUGGAAGCCUCCCAUGGUGCCCAACCCAGCAUAUAAGGGGAAAUGGAAACCACCUAUGAUUGACAACCCAAAUUAUCAGGGAAAAUGGCAGCCACGAAUGAUCCCUAACCAUGCUUACUUCGAGGACACUCAACCAUUCAGAAUGAGUCCAGUGUCUGCAGUGGGUUUUGAGCUGUGGUCCCUUACUGGAGACGUGCUGUUUGAUAACAUCCUGCUGUGUGACGACCUCAUGAUUGCCAGACGCUGGACAGAGGACACAUGGGGACAAAGGCAGAGACCUGGGAUUGUGGAGAGGUUACUGUUUGCAACAGGAAAGCGUCCCUGGCUCUGGGGUGUGUACGUCUUCACCGUGGGUCUUCCCAUCAUCCUCUUUAUCAGUUUCAUGUGGCCUGAUAAGCGAUUUGGCCCCUCGGAUCAGGAUUAUUACUACAAGAAAAUUGAUGAGCCUCAGCCAGACAGUCCACAGGAUCCAGAGGUCAACACGAGUUUCACUGACAACGGACCCAGUAACUCUACUAGCCUGAGGAAACGGGAGGCCAACAAAGCACAGAAAAAGUCAGACUUGGAAUUAAAGGUCUUCAAAUGAUGCAAACCAAACCUGCAGUUUCCUUGUGGUUUACUGAACUAUUGAGGGAUAAAGCAAUAGAAGAUAGAACAUGAAUGGUUUCUGAAUGUUUAGCUGCUCUAAACAUCUUACUUGCAAUAUCCUAAACUUGAAAACUAUUCA